AUGCUUCCCAAACGAUAAUAUUCGUUUCAAGAUCAAUAUCCUUAGCAGAAGGCUUCUCCCCUCUAAUUGAAGAGAGUUCAUUCAGUUACGAGCCAACUCCAGGAUGAGGUAAAAAAUAUUAUUAUAAAAUUGAAAAGAGUGUAUAUCAGUUGAUUUUUACCCAUCAAGUCAUUAAGAACAUCGAAAUAGUUUCCAUCACCAAAGAAAAGGACAACUUCUCACUCCACAAAAAACACAUAGUCCACUACGUGAUCAAAAUCACCACAGACUACUUCGACUACCAAAUUCAACGAAGGUACAAGUAAUUUCUUCAGCUCUACGAAUAAGUAUCGAAUUCGGCUAUUCUAGUUAAAACCAAAAUUCGAAUUUUUUGACUUUCCCCAGAAAAAAUUGUUUAAAUCCAACAAAAGUGAGGUGGUCCAAGAAAGAAGAAAAUCAUUGCAAAGUAAAACAAUGCACUAGAAUAUAAGAAUUCUUAUAAACUAUACUGUCCUCCCUAGAUCAAUUGAAACCUGUCGAAUUUUUGGAGUUCAUUGAAAUCCUACAACAAUUUUUGAGAAGAGGAUUUGACAAUAUCAAAUUGCACGGUCUCAGCAGCGAUCAAUUUAAUUUGGACUCCCUCCUCGAACCAGAAUUGUAGAAGCAUCAGCCAACCAACGAUAUUGAAAAGGCCGUGAUCUGCUACCUUCACAAGCUCAAUAGUCACAAAGAAGACAGAGUCAAAAUUAUACAGUAUCCCCAUUUAAUUCUAUUACAUCCAGCUAACUCGAAAAUUAUUUGUAUGGCAAACUCUAAUAUUUAUCCUACAACAUCAUACAGUACUUAUUUGUUGGAGACAAAGACAAGGACAUCCUUGGUUUGACCCAAAUGGUACCCAGCGAUUCAGAUUCCCAUAUACAAUGCAAUUGCAUACUUUCUUUCUUAAGUAAAUUGUUGGAAUUCGAAUACAACCCAUGUAAAUUAAAUCUCUUACUAAUCCAAGUCGCUGAAGUCACCCUCAAAGCCUUCUCAGAAUUGAACAUGAAACAAAUCAAACAAAUGAAACUCCAAAAUCACAUCAAAGAUAACCAAUAAAACAAGUGCUACAAGAAUGCUCUGCUCUUGCUCUAUCGCUAUUUGGAAGGCAACCCCUUGUUGGAUCAACGAAUCAUCAAAUUCCUAAUUGAAGAUGACGAAGUAUUAGCAAUUUAUUAAACCUACAAAUCCCAAAAGUAAACUCUAGAAAGUACCAAAACCUUGGAUUCCUCUGAUGAAAACAUCACUCCUGCCACCACACAAGAAACCAUAAGGAAGUUCUCUUCAAAAGACAUGAUUCUACUAGAAGACGACAACACUUCAGAUUUUUUGAUCAAAAUAUUGAAUCUAAACUAUGAAUGGAAGCUAGUCAAAUGUAAUCAUCAUGUCUAUUUGGUUUAGAGUAUAGAAAUUGCACUCUACUUCAUUUGCAAGGAUAGAUCAUCAAGAACUCUUACAUUCUCAAAUGCACAUCAAUUGAAAAAGUUUAUAAACUAUUUACUGAAUAGAAAUAAUGGAGAAAUUCAUUCAAGAAGUUUGAAAUCUUCGAGACUAUAGACGAAAACAAUUUUAUAGCCUUGGAGACCUCUGUUUGGAGCAUUAAAUCCUCAUUCCAAACAUUUGUGUUUUUUAGUAAGUUUUCCAUUAAGGAAAAAAGUGAUUGCAAAGUGUCUUUCACUGUAGAGUUUGUGAAAGAUACUUCGAAGGAACACCUGACAUACUUAAAGAAAAACGAAUUAUUAUGUAUUAAAAUUGAGAAAUCCUAGGUAAAAAGGUUUCAUAUGUUGAAAUCUUUAAAAUUGAUGAAGAAAGGAUACAAGUUGUAACGGUGACUAACUUGAUAGACCAAGAAUAGAAAAAUCAUGUAUUACCCUCAUUGCUCAAUGAAGACAACUCAUUCGAAGUUCAAAUUGAUAAACUGUACUAAUUGCUAUGA